UUUGAAAACAUAAAAUAGGAGUUUCGCACUUGUGGACCCGGAGCCGCGGAGCCGUCGAGAUGCCGCGUGGAAGCCGAAGCCGCACCUCCCGCAUGGCCCCUCCAGCCAGCCGGGCACCGCAGAUGAGGGCUGCCCCUCGGCCCGCGCCAGCAGCUCAGCCCCCAGCUGCAGCUCCACCAGCCGCUGUUGGUUUGCCAGCCGCCGCUCCCCGACAGCCCGGCCUCAUGGCCCAGAUGGCAAGCACUGCAGCUGGCGUGGCUGUGGGCUCCGCCGUGGGGCACACCAUAGGCCACGCCCUCACUGGAGGCUUCAGUGGAGGGAGCAAUGCUGAGCCCACUAGGCCCGACAUCACUUACCAGGAGCCUCAGGGAGCCCAACCCGUGCAGCAGCAGCAGCAGCAGUUUGGCCCAUGCCACUAUGAGAUGAAGCAGUUUCUGGAGUGUGCCCAGAAUCAGAGUGACCUGAAGCUCUGUGAGGGUUUCAGCGAGGUGCUGAAGCAAUGCAGGUUUGCAAAUGGAUUGUCCUAAGCAAGAUGUUCAAAUUGAAGACAUGAAAAAUCACCUCUCAUCACGUUAAUU